AUGUCGCCUUGGUCUUCGGACACUGCCCAGUACCCUCCAGUGUCUCCUCUUGACGUCUUAAGCGGACCUCAACGUAAAUCAACCAGCUUUCAGACAGUCAACAUCGACGAGAAGCGACAGGGCACAGCUGCCCGUUCGAUCCGAACAAACUCUGAAUCAAGCACAUCCUCAAGCCUAUCCACGCCCCGAAAGACACGAUUUGCAGAAGCUACAUCUGUCGACUCUCCAGCCAAAGGACCAGGUGAAUUCCAAUCACCCUUUGCAGAUCCAGCGGCUACCAUGGCUGCCACCGAGCACAAACCAUCGGAUGUAGGAUUCGGUUAUAUAGCUGACAAUGGCCCUGUCGAGCAACAUGCAACAGUGCCUGUAUCCUACGGAGCGGGUGGUCAGCCUCUAAAAUCCGCCAUGAAAACUCCGGGCACAGCAGCAAGACUGAUCAACCCUAUGAGCCCAACUUUCAGGGAGGAGGAGAUGUUAGAAAGAGAGGAGGAAAAGACCGAGAAGCAGCAAGCUAAGGACUUGAAAGUGAAAACCAGAGUCAGAAUGGCAAAGAUGGCUCUUCGUGGAGUCAGCUUCUCUUGCUCCUUGAUCGUCUUGUCCAUGGUCUCAACCACUUUCAUGAUCUUCAAUGCCACCAAAGCUCUGCCACCGCGAAAUGGUCUCCCAGCUUGGGCACCAAAGACGAAUCCCUGGCCACAAAUUGUCGUGCUCAGUAUCGCAGCUGUGUCGCUUCUUUUCUCCGUUGUCGUCAUGGCAGCUUAUUGCCGUGGUGGUCAUCGAAGAGCAGAGAAGGUUGCAGUCUACUAUACAAUGUUCGCCAUGGGCUACUUCGUCUUCUCUAUCAUCAUGUGGCUGGUAGGUGCAGCUGUCUUGCAAGGCACCAAGCAAAAUUCCAAUGGCCAAGACAUCUGGGGUUGGUCGUGUAAAGAUAACAAAAGACGUCAACUCUUUCAGGACGAUGUGCACUACGCUCUAGUCUGUCGUCUGCAGGACUGGGCAUUGGUCUGCUGCAUCAUCGAAAUCGUUGUGGAGAUCAUUGUUAUCGCCAUCUAUGGCGUCGUGUUUUACCGCUUCUACUCCAAGAACCGCCUGAGGAAGUCCAUGGAUGCUCGAGACAAGGCACGAUCCGAUCUCUACUUGGCACAACUUCGAUCUCAAUCAGCACCCAAUACCCCGGGCUUCGCGCAAACCCCACGAACGCCACGUUUCCCAACAGCCAUGUCAGAAGUAAAGCACAAUCCACAAUCAACAGCCGAGAAUGGUUACGCCUCAUCAUACGUCUCUCCUCAAUCAGCGACGACAACGAGUCCUUUCAGCUUGCAGGCGCCACCCAAAAAACACACCCCCAAAACACCACAGACUACAUUUACACCUGCACCAGUAUCUACUCCGCCACCUCAAUUUCAGAGGUCACCAUCGCCAGAAUUUUCAGAGCGGGUGAACGACCACAUUGCCGCAGCGCCUGGAGAACAAGUGUACGACUCAGUACCAAUACCGGGAGCUUAUGCAGGGCCUAGACAGUAG